AUGGCGAACCCAAGCCAGGCACUGACGAUCCUAUUCUGCAAAGAGCUGUCGACACUGCUGAGCACGGCAUCGAACAACGAUGCGAUUCGGCUGCUACCGGACAAGACUUGGCUACUGAGCUCUGUGCUCGCCAUUCACGUGAGCAUUGAGCUCGGUGAUGUUUUGGAAGCACUUGACGCGAAAGCAUCCUCUUCGACGUUGAUCCAUGGAUACUGGCAUGAAGAGCAGGACUCUGUCUACGUUCUUAUGGGUCAGGAUGUAUGGCAAAGCACACGGUGCGACAGGCAUGCUGGAUCACGUGUCAUGACAAUGGUGAACAACGACCCUCUGGAUUCCGUCAAGCGCAUGCAGGUGAUCAAGCUUCAUACAGUGCCUGCGGAACCUGGCCCUUGCCCUGGCGCUAUGGAGCACAACGGGACAGAGCUCCAGGUCCUUGCACAUUUUCUGAGAGCCUCACUAAGGCUGAACCCGUUCGACCUCAGCAUAGUGGUCACAGCUCUCGCGGAGGGCUCUCUGAGUCUGACCCCGUCGUUUGAAGGUGUUUCGCGUCAUACUUCAGCUGCUCUGCUGACAACGGCACGUUCGGCACUGCUACAUGCCAGCACCUACAAGCACUUACUUUCUGGUGCUGUUCGAAGCACACCCAGUCUCGUGCAACUCGCUGAGAUCUACGAUAUAUCCGCUGCUGAUCGCCCUCUGCAAGGCAUCUAUACGAUCAUGGUACAGUUUUCAGGUGCGCCUGCUGCUGAGGCUCUGCGCCGCCGUCAACCUUCAUUCCUUCAUGGACUGGCCCACCUUGCUUGGAGGCAUAGACCAUGUGCACAUCCUCGACACACCGGUCUACACGAAGCGAUACUGCAUGCUUGUCAGCUUUACGCACCAGCCCACUGA